UGAGCGGGUUAGGCUGCCAGCCGAGGCGCAUUCGGUGUGGCACCAGAGGCAAGCUUGCUGUGCUAGAGUAGGAUUCGGCAUGUCGGGGAUGUCUGGGGAUACAUGGCAGCCGUCCAACCUCACACUGGAAACCACUAUGGGGAACAUAAUGCUGGAGCUGUACUGGAAGCAUGCACCAAAAACCUGCAGAAACUUUGCUGAGCUGGCUCGAAGGGGUUAUUUCAAUGACACAAAGUUCCACCGAGUGAUCACUGGUUUUGUGAUUCAAGGAGGAGACCCAACAGGAACAGGUAGAGGAGGGUCAUCUAUAUAUGGAAAACAUUUUGAGGAUGAAAUACAUAAGGAUUUAAAAUUCACAGGCGCAGGGAUCCUUGCCAUGGCGAAUGCAGGCCCAGGUACAAAUGGCAGCCAGUUUUUUAUAACUCUGGGACCUACACCACUGCUGGACGGCAAACACACAAUCUUUGGGCGUGUCUGCCAUGGAUUGUCAGUCACGAAACGUAUCGAACUUGUUGAGACCAACCGUGAAGACCGACCUGUGGAUGAUGUAAUAAUUGUAAAAGCUGAUAUAAGCGAAUUAAGUUAAGGCUAUAACCCAGAAAUGUUUUUUCAUGUAAUUACAGUAUUUGAAGUUUCUAGGCAGUGGCAUAUGUUUUUAAUCACCUUCCUGUACAAACAUUUGGUGCAUUUUUUAUUUUGAUAUCAUUCAUAAAGCAGUGCAAUGGCAUACAGAUUCACCAUGAUGUUUAAAUUAAUUUCUUUGCCAUUGAUAUAAUUUCAAAUUUAUUUUUCAUUGAUUUGAGUUGCAUGUGUACCUACAGCUCAUAUGAAUAAAAUAGUCAAAAUUAA